AUCGGGGCCAUGCAGACUUUUUGCAAAGAUCCCUUCUGUAAUGCACGCAAAAUAGUCUGCGCAAAAGUGCUAUUAAAGGCGGACAAGGGUGUGAGUGUGAUACGUUUUUAAGGCCAGCCAAUUAAAAACCUCAGAAACAUUGAAAAAGGAAUCCAUGUCCCCAUAGCUACGAUUGGAAUGACUCCCCAGAUGCUGCUUUAGAUCGGCGCUCGCGCUCCUGCCAGCCAAGGAGCAAUCGAAGAAGCCAGAGAGGAGAGGAAAGGCGUGGCAACGGCUUUUGCCCAGAGGGUCCAGUCGCUUGCCUCGUUGGUUGCCCCUUGUGUGCCUGCCCGCCCACCCGCCCGCGAGGAGGAGGAGGGGGGCUUCGCCACGCGACCCAAGGCGAAGCCAUCGCCCCGCCAGCCUUUGCAAAGCAGGCAGGACACCGAGCUGGUGUGGAGGAGCCCCUUCCUUCUUCGCCCAGCGAGGCCAAAGUCUCCCGUCUCAACUCCUGGCCCGGCUGCUCCCGUCUCCCACCACGCGCCUGCUCCAGCGGAGGCGGCGAGGGGAGGGCUCCACGUGACACCCACUCCGGGGCACCGUCGGACUCCGGCGGCGUCCGCUCGCUUUCUCUUUGAAAAAAACUCAACUUUUUGCACCAAUGAAGAGCAGGAAGGCGGAGAGAGCAGCAGCAGCAGCAGCAGGAGGGAGGAGAGGGCGGCCGUGGCAGCAGCAGCAGGCGCCGAGCAGCCCCCGCUGAGCAUCCGGGCUGCGGUCCUGAGCGAGCUGGAGCCGCUCCCAAGAGCCCAGAUACGCUCCCUUUGACAGUGAUGUGCAUUUGAGCUGCAGCCAUGUCUAUGUACCUGAAGCAUUUCACAGUCGUGGGUGAUGACCCUGCCCAGUGGAAUAAUGACUACAGGAAGUGGGAGGAAGAGGAACUGGAAGAAGGCGAAGGAAAGACCCCCGAGUCCGCCGUUAAAGCAGACCCUGCACCUAGGCCUCUGACUUUCCGGGAAGCGAUGAAAAAGCUGUUCCAAUCGCACAAAUUUCAGAUCUUGAUUGUCUGUCUUGUGAUCUUGGAUGCCUUGUUGGUCCUGGGGGAAUUGCUUCUGGAUUUGAAAGUCAUCCAUCCAGACAAAGAGGAGAUCGCACCAAGGGUUUUGCAUUACCUGAGCCUUUCUAUCGUCUCCCUCUUCCUGGUGGAAGUGGCGUUUAAACUCUUUGCCUUUCGCUUGGAGUUCUUCCACCACAAGUUCGAGGUCCUAGAUGCCGUGGUGGUGGUCAUUUCUUUUGUUAUCGACAUUGUCCUCCUGUUCCGGGAAAACGAGUUCGAAGCCCUCGGAUUGCUGAUCCUUCUCCGGCUGUGGCGAGUGGCCAGGAUUAUCAAUGGAAUAAUUCUGUCCAUUAAGACACGCUCGGAGCAGCAGAUGUCGAAGCUGAAACAAGCCAACCUUCAGCUCACUGUAAAGGUCCAACAGCUAGAAGGCAGCUGUGUGGAGAAGGAGCUAGAAAUUGAGAGGCUUACUAAGCUGCUGCAGCAACAUGGACUCCUUAGCCAGGCCCGGUAGGUGCUUGGCUGCCCGUGCUGGGAGGACCAAACCCCACCACUGAGGAGCAAAUCUGUUUCUAUACUGUGACUUUCCGAAAAUGCCAUCUUGUACAUUCCCUACUUUGUCUAUCAGCAUCUUCUGCCCCUGUUAUAUCUUCAUAACGCAAUCAGUGUUGUAAAAUGAGCAUAAGACCAUUCCCACAUCUUUAAUUGUAUAGCUGUACAGUUUAAAAAAAAUAGGUAAACAUUAAUUUAAUAAAAUCAAUUCUGUACAACA